CACAGGCCAAUGCCACCAUAGCCCACCCUAAUGCUCAGUAAAGCGAGGCAGUCAGUUCCCUCUCUCAUGUAUGCACAUGCACACGCCGGCACCCAUCAACGUUAACGGCGGCACACGGGAGCGCCAACGAUCGAACCAACAACCUGACAGGCCGUUGCGCUUCCAUGCUGUCCAGCCUGAUGUGACUGAGUACCGGAGCUCCUCCAUCACGAGAUGCGACUGCUCGAGAUACAACAUGACGGCAAGAUCACGCUCACGGAGGACUUGAUGAGCGCUGACAAUGUGCCCGCCUACGCUAUACUCUCGCACACCUGGCUGCCCGGUCAAGAGGUCACCUUCGACGAGUUCACUAGAGAUGUCAGAUGUGGGAAGGCUGGCUUUGACAAGAUCAGGUUCUGCGCACAACAAGCUCAGCAAGACGGCCUGCGAUACUUCUGGGUCGAUACGUGCUGCAUCAACAAAGCAGAUCCUGUCGAACUUCAGCAUGCGAUCAACUCCAUGUUUCGCUGGUACCAACAAGCAAGUAGAUGCUAUGUUCUUCUGACAGAUGUAUUCAGCGCUGAGCCAGCGACGGAUCGUGCACCCGGCAUCCCCGCUUGGGAAGGGCAGUUUCGGCAAAGCCGGUGGUUCACUCGAGGUUGGACGCUCCAAGAACUGCUUGCCCCGCGCCGUGUGAGCUUCUACUCUGGAGAUCGAACAUAUCUAGGCGACCGAUACGACUUGAAGCAAGUUCUUCACGAGAUCACAAACAUCCCCUGUCCCGCCCUUGCGGGAGCUCCAUUGGACAGCUUCAGUGUCGAGGAGCGCCUGUCUUGGUCGAACAAGCGCCAAACUACGCGUGAAGAAGACAAGGUGUACUCAUUGCUGGGUAUCUUUGGGGUCUUCACGUUCCUCAACUAUGGCGAAGGUGAGACCAAUGCUUUCAAGAGGCUACGAAAAGCGAUCGCGGAAGACUCACAGGAGUCAUUCCAGCUACAGGCGUCAGCGGGGAGUCUUGGAGGGCGCAUCACCACCAAUACACCCGCUGCCCACAAACCCUCCUACUACAUACCAUUUCCCAAGAACCGAUACUUUGUCGGAAGGAGAGAAGAACUCGAGAUGCUCAGUCAGACGCUGCUGGAGGGUACAGGUUGCCAAAAGAUGUCAAUUGUGGGACUUGGUGGGACUGGCAAGACACAGCUAGCCUUGCGGUUCGCAUAUACAGUCAAAGAGACCAUGUCAGCCGUCUCUAUCUUCUGGAUGCCUGCGCUAAGCAUGGAAAGCUUCGAGCAAGCCUGUGUGGCCGUUGCAACUGCUUUGCACAUCAGUCAGGCGGAGACAGGCGAAUAUGACGCAAAAGAGCUGGUGAAAGAGUAUCUGAGUGCAGAUCGGGCAGGACCGUGGCUGCUCGUGCUCGAUAACGCAGAUGAUCACAACAUCUUAUUUGGGACCGAGUACGGUGCGGGUAUCAUCGACUACCUACCGGAGAGCGAAAAGGGCAUGACCGUGUUCACUACACGGGUGCAAGAGCUAGCCGUAUCGCUGACACGAGGUGACGUUCUAGAGCUGGGGUCUAUGAACACACCAGAGGCCACGGACUUUCUGGAGAAGUCUCUGGUCAAGAAGAGCCUCGCUGAGGACCGCAAAGAAGUCGAAGAGCUGUUGGAUGAGUUGGCAUGCCUUCCUCUGGCCAUUGCUCAGGCUGCUGCGUACCUGAACAUGAACAGAACAACUAUCACAAAAUAUCUGCGACUGCUGAGACACACGGAGCAAGACACUAUCAGCCUAAUGAGCAAAGAGUUCCGUGACCAAACACGCUACAAGGGUUCGGCGAACGCAGUGGCCUCGACGUGGGUAGUGUCGUUCAGUCAGCUUCGGGAGCAUGACACGGUGGCGGCAGACCUCCUAGCAUUUAUGUCGUGCAUCGAGUGGAAGGCAAUACCACAGUCACUGCUACCGAAGGUGCAGUCACAAGAGCGGAUAGAAGAAGCUAUCGGCACACUCUGCGGGUACUCUUUUGUGUCAAGACGGGAAGGCAACAACACUGGUGAGGUAGAUGGAGGGGAAGAAUGGUACGACUUGCAUCGACUUGUGCAUCUGGCUACCAGAGUCUGGGUAGACAAGCAUGGCAGUGCUGCAGAUGUGGCGCAACAGGCUAUGGCGCAUGUUGUUGAGGUUUUCCCAACCGACGAUUUCGCCAACCAGGCCGUCUGGAGAGGAUACAUGCCGCAUGCACUGCGACUACUCGACAUGAAGACAUCUGUUGAUGUUCACAGCAGAGCCAAGCUGACUUUUUGGGUGGGGCGAUGCCUACGCUUCGACGGCAGAGUUCCUGAAGCAGUGAGAUGGCUGGAGGAAUGCUAUCGUUGCAAAGAAGGGUUGGACGAGGAUGAUUCAGAUCGCCUGCUGUCUGAGCAUGAACUUGGUUUUUCCUACUGGGCAAACGGACAGAUCAAGGACGCCGUGAGGCUGCUGGAGCAUGUGGUCAAGGUGAAAGAUGAUACGCUUGCGGAGACUGACUCUGGGCGGCUAGCGUCGCAGCAUCAGCUUGGUGUUUCCUACUGGGCAAAUGGCCAGAUCAAGGACGCUGUAAGGCUGCUAGAGCAUGUGGUCAAGGUGCGCGACGCUACGCUUGCAGAGACUCACCCUGAUCGGCUAGCGUCACAGCAUGCACUUGGUGUUUCCUACUGGGCGAAUGGACAUAUCGAGGACGCUGUAAGGCUGCUAGAGCAUGUGGUCAAGGUACGAGGCGCUACGCUUGCAGAGACUCACCCUGACCGACAUGCAUCUGAGCGUUGGCUGUCCUAUAUGACUUCCAACCAGAAUUAAAUUGUUUGCUCGUUCCAUGAAACAUCGUUCUACUAACCAGCACAUUGCUUUAGAUCGCCUCAAGUGGCUUUAAGCUUUCGAGAUUAUGUCAUAACGGCAUCCUUCAUGUUUCUGCAGACCAGACUAGAGUCUCCG